AGGGCCCAGCUGCUGAAGAUCCUGGCCGGAAGAUCUAGAUACUAUAUAUCUCAAUUCUUAAGUGAACACAAGACUCCGUGACCAUAAACAAUUCUUUGUCGUAAAAGUAACCCAAGUCCACGUUGUUUUUUAGCUUGAGAACGCUAGGCGAUUCAGAACGACUGUGUUCCCAAUCGAUUCCAAACAGCUGUAACACAUUUCAAAUCAUAUACACAAUAUAAUACUGGAUGUGUGAUUCACUGAAGAACAGCAAAAUCUCCCCAUCAUCUCUCCAUAUAAACAUUACUAGACCAGUCUACACGGAAAAAAGCUUCACCAAACAAUUCACGAAAGCCAAGAAGAAAGAAACGAGUCGCUCUCUCUGUGGAAAAAUUACUGGAAGCAUAGAUAAGAUAAUUCCCAGACUGCGAUGUAAUAUUCAAACCGUUUCGAACUGUUUUCCCAUUAUAAAAUGGUUACCUAAUUACAGCCUUAAGAACGACAUUCUGGCUGAUUUUACUGGAGGACUAACAGUUGGAAUUAUGCAUAUACCACAAGGUCUUGCUUUUGCAAUGCUGGCAUCUUUGCCUCCAGUGACAGGUCUUUACACAGCUCUUGUGCCUGUUUUCGUCUACAUGUUGAUGGGAACAUCGAGAUAUUUAUCUCAAGGUUCGUUCGCCGUGAUUUGCCUAAUGGUCGCUCAGGUCUGCGAGAGGGAAGUUCUUAAAAUUGAGGGACUUGGUCCAAGUGUCUCUUCUGUUCAAAAUAUGACCAACUCUAGCCCCACCCUACUUCCUGAUGGGAUGAUGUGGAGUCCUUUUGACGCAAAGAAAAUAAAAAUAGCAGUUUCUCUUGCCUUGCUUAUUGGUUUCAUGCAGGUUGCUAUGGGAAUCCUCAGGUUUGGCUUCAUUGCUACGUAUCUGUCGGAUCCUCUGAUCAGUGGUUUUACAACAGGAUGUGCUGUCUUGGUCGUACCGAGUCAGUUGAAACACAUACUUGGCCUAAACGUACCUCAGUUCACAGGAGUGUUGUUUUCAGUCAGGAUGGCAGUUCACAUGUUGAAGAACAUCGCCUCGUCCAAUUUAGGAUCAAUCAUCACUGGAUCACUCAGUCUGUUUGUUUUAAUUGGCCUCAAAACGUUCAACGAGAAAUUCAAAAGCAAGCUCCCUUUUCCUGUUAUAGCUGGUACGGCGAUAUCGUACGCCGGUGAGAUCAAUUCUAACUUCGGAGUACAGAUCUUAGAAAAAAUUCCAAAAGGRAUUCCUCCUAUCAGUAUUCCCUCUAUUAGUCUGAUGCAGAACAUGAUAACAGAUGCGUUCGUCAUAUCAAUCGUGAUUUUUGCUACAAACAUUUCGUUAUCCAAGAUGUUUGCUAAGAAAAAUGGACAGACAAUUGAUGCCAAUCAAGAACUGAUUGCAUAUGGAGCCUGUAAUAUCGGUAUUUCAUUCUUUUCUGGGUUUGCUAUUUGUAACGCCUUGGCGCGAACAGUCGUACAAGAAAAUCUUGCUCAUACUCAGUUAUGUAGCAUUGUCGUCAUUGGGUUGAUUCUUCUGGUCCUACUCUUUAUCGCUCAUCUGUUCUUUCAUCUGCCAAAGGCCAUUCUAGCUGCUAUCAUUAUCGCAAACCUCAUUGGUCUUCUCAGGCAGUUCUCUAGACUCAAGGAUCUGUGGAAAAUYUGUCGAAAUGAUGCGAUCGUUUGGUUUGCCACUUGUUUUGGAGUGAUUCUUCUUGGAAUUGACAUGGGACUUGGGUGUGGUGUUCUCUGUGCUGUACUGAUGGUUGUUCUACCUUCAUCAAGUCCAAAAUACUCUAUCCUUGGCCAUGUUCCAGGAACAGAUAUCUUCAAGGACAUCAACGCCUAUCCUCAUCCCUAA